AUGAGGUUCCUAACCACGGUAGACAUGGGCCCAACAGACGAUCCGAUGAAAAACCUCCUGCGCACAACCGGAUCCCUAACAAUCUCCCGGAUGGAGCUCCUGCGUUCCUUCUCUAGCGCCAGAGAAUCCAGAAUCUCCUGCCACAUCACCGUCCGCAUUCCCCUGCGCAACGGCGAGGCGAGCUGCAUCCGCGUAGCCCUGAUACUGCAGCCACCGAGGACUCUCCGGCACAAACGGCAGGAUAAGAAUGCAGCACAACGAGAAUACCCCCUAGAUGAGCGACGGCGCGCGCUACGCCUAGGUGGACGUCUACGAACCGGUCCCGAGGGUGAUGCCCGCCGCGAGGAUUGCGCCGAUCCAGUAGAAGUCGUUGAGAGAUCCCACGCCCUAGGCGCGGAAACGGUUAUGGAAGGUCUCGGAAAGGUAGACGCCGCCGGCGAUUCCGGACGCAGCGGCCCCGAAGCCGAUGAUAAUGCGGCCGACGACGAACGUGGCGAUGUUUUGGGCGGAUGUUUGAAUUAUUACACCGACUAUAGCGAUAAAGCUGCUCUAGAGCAUGGCUGGUCUUCGACCGAGUCGGUCUGCUAUUACUCCUGCAACCAUAGGUCCGAGGAUGCCGCCGAUGAAGAUGGAGGCUGUAUUUAG